CACCACAGCCGAGCUUCCGCCUCUCAUUGAUGACUGCGCGUUACGCGGUGUAAUACACCGUGUCAUAUAUUUGAAAAUUGGCAAAAGUGGCAAAGUGAGCGACUUGAUGCAAAGUUCGCCUUUAUGAAACGGAAGGCGUGAGCAGUUACUGAGAUGGCGGAGAAGAGCGAGUGUCUCGCCAGAACGGUAGUCCAGCAGUGUGUGCGCGCGCGACUGCAAGUGAAGCCGCCUGACGAGGAGUGCGAAGCGCAGUGGGUGGAGAUUGAAAGGGGAAUGGUGAUACAUGUCUGUUUUUUCAAAGGAGCUCAGCCGGACGUUGUCCCAAAACUGGUGAACUCCCUCCUCAAUGUUAAGCUCUGUGAGGCUGACUCGGGAAAGAGAGUGUCGGUGCUUGAGCUGCCUGGAAGCAUACUCAUCGUACCCCAGGCCACGCUGGGAGGGAAACUGAAGGGUCGCAGCAUGCAAUACCAUAGUAACAUCGGGAAGGAGGAUGGACUUCAGCUGUACAGCAACUUUGUGUCACAGUGUGAGAAAGAGCUGACUGCGUCUUCCAAGUGCUCUGAGGCCGGUGUGGUGGUCAAGUGUGGGACCUACGGAAACAGACAAGUGCUGAGCCUUGAUACCAAUGGACCCUAUACGCAUAUAAUAGAGUUUUAACUCUAGAAGAUGUUCAUGCUGACCACAUUUGACAUUGUGUACACAGGAAAGUGUUUACACGUUGAAUGACCAAAAUAAUCCCUAAUUAGAAAACCACGUAUCUUCAACAAUGAAUGACAUAGAAGAGCUUGAUAAGAUUAGCUAUGAUUUACUUCUAGCAUAUCAAGUCUUUUGCAGAUUAUUUCUAAAUGUUUUGGGGGUAUUUAAUUUAAAAUUGAAAGAAAAAAAUGGUAAACUUUUGAAAAACGGAGGGCGCUCAAUGAAUUUUUGGUGAUAAGUCAAACGUACACAGGAUGUGGUAUUAAAAACAAAGGUUUGACUGAAACAUCUUGUGGAUUUGCCUUGGUACACAAGCACUGCUCCUCAGCUGCAGUGUCUUCACUGAAAUCUUUAGGGUGAAACUCUUGAAUUGCAUCCUUUUGUCCAUAAGCCUAGUUCCCAUUGGAGUAUUCUUACUUCUUUACAAAUUUGUUGUUAUUCACUCUUUAUUAUACAGGAUUGUGCACAGAUUUGUGAUCUCUUAUCUGAAACCCUUGAUUUUAGAAAGGUAAUGUGGUGCAUAUACUGUAUAUGACAUAACACCCCCCAGUGGGGUCUGGGGCAACACCAUGUAAUCAAACACAUUAAUAUUUCUUCAGCAAAACAUGUGAAUAUUUACUGUAAGUUUGAUAAGCACUAUUACAUUUCAUUUAUUUUAUAUAGUAAUAGGUGAAUGAAAUACUGGAAUAAAUACAAAGUGCAAAUAUUUAUUUGUAAGGAAGAUGUUCAAAAACUUCAAACGUGUAGGUUCAAACAAAGCCAGAAAUGUUCUUUAUGUUUUGUUACUUGAGGAUCUUGAAAAAGAGCGUUACCACCGUUUUGGCAACUUAUUAAAAAAA